AUGAUAUCGAAGUUCUGGGCCUCAGCCUUAGUUUUGGCAACGUUGUUUGCGCAGUCAUCUUUUUGCGCGAGUCUUCCUCUGCGCAUCAUCACAUUCAACAUACGAUAUGCUGCUACUUCUUUGGAAACGAACGAGAAACCAUGGUCAACCCGUAGGCCCUUGCUUGUCAAUCAACUUUCAGGUCAAGCCGCUGAAGCCUCCACCACUGUCAUCGGGCUGCAAGAAGUGCUGAAUAACCAGCUGAUCGACAUCAAGAGCGGCCUAGGCACUCAGUGGGCUCAUAUUGGCGUGGGUCGUGACGACGGCGCCACCCAAGGCGAAUACAGCCCGAUUCUAUACCGGACCGAUAUAUUGAAAGUCCUUUACAGCGAGGUCAAAUGGCUGUCGCCUACGCCAGACGUUGUAUCAUUUGGUUGGGGAGCCGGAAGUCGCCGUAUUGUCACCAUUGGCGUUUUCGAGCAUAUCGCAACUGGGAAGCGAUUCAUACACGCCAAUACGCAUCUCGAUAAUGUCAGCUCGCAGGCGCGAAGUGAAGGCAUCAAGGUCGUUGUCACGCGUAUCAAAGCAGUGCAGCAGACAUGGGGCCCACUACCUGUGUCUUUGACGGGUGACUUCAAUUCUGCUCCCGACGGAGAUGCUUAUUCGACGUUGACGGGUUUGAAUUACUUGGAAGAUCUAUGGAACCUGGCGACACAUGUUGGCACAAAUCAGCUUACCUAUACGGGCUUCUCGCAGACCGGUAUAAGCCGCAUUGAUUAUAUUUGGCUCGGGCCCAAAGACACUCAACCAUACACGCCUCAGACGAUUGAGAUCGUGGGCAAUUACGUGGAUGGAGUCUUUGUGAGCGAUCACAGAAUGGUUGUUGGGGAUGUGAUAGUGAUUUGA